GGCAACGGCAACGGCGGCGAUGGCUACAACUGCACUACACUUCAGAGCAGCUGGACCUGGAGAGUCGAAGACUCGGCGCCCGCGUUUUAAGAGUUAAGCAGCGCCUAGAGCUUCAAACAUUCACAAUCGAACGAACGAAUAAAUUUAAUAUUAAAGCAACGGGAUUCGUAGUCAGUAAUCUAAUUAGCGCGACAGCGUGUGUUACCAGUCUCGCUCGACGGCCAAUUGAUCAUAACUUUGUAUCGUCGCUUUUUCUAAUAAAAUGAAAAUGUUGAGUCUAUGUCGGCAGUCGUUCGUCGUCGUGAACGCGCAAAAGAUAGGUACAAAAUGUUUUGGGACUAUAGUACCCACUACAAAAGUAAAGGAAUUUCCAUUGGAAAACGAACCUAUUUUAUCUUAUAAGAAAGGCAGCAAGGAACGUGCAGAGUUGGAGAAGGCUUUGGAUAAGAUGACUUGCGAAUGCGAAGAAAUCCCAUUAGUUAUUGGUGGAAAAGAAAUCAAAUCGAAUGUCGUUAAAUAUCAAGUUAUGCCACAUAACCAUCAACAUGCGGUAGCAAAAUAUUAUUAUGCCACGCCAGAUCUGAUACAGAAGGCUAUCGAUGCCUCCGUUAAGAUGCAACGAGAAUGGGAAAAGGUUCCAUUUGAAAAAAGAUUUGAAAUAUGGCUGAAGGCAGCAGACUUAAUGUCAACAAAGUAUCGACAGCAAUUGAAUGCUGCUACAAUGCUUGGUCAAAGCAAAACCGCCAUCCAAGCAGAAAUAGAUAGUGCAGCCGAACUUAUUGAUUUCUUUAAAAUUAAUGGUUAUUUUCUCAAAGAGGCCUUAAAAUAUAAGCCUAUUUCUCCAAAUAAGGAGACUUUAAAUUCAAUGAGGUAUCGAGGAAUGGAUGGAUUUGUUGCAGCUGUUUCUCCGUUUAACUUCACUGCCAUUGGUGGUAAUCUUAGCUAUACACCAGCUCUGAUGGGCAAUUCAGUUUUAUGGAAGCCGUCUGAUACUGCUGUCUUAUCCAAUUGGUGGAUUUAUAAAAUUUGCAGAGAAGCUGGAGUUCCAGAAGGAGUUGUUAAUUUCGUUCCUGCCCAUGGGCCAGAUUUUGGAGAUACGAUCACUGCUUCGCCUUACUUAUCCGGGAUUAACUUUACAGGCUCUGUAGCUACUUUUAAUCGUCUUUGGUCUCAAGUUGGAAAGAACAUUAAUAAGUACAAAAAUUAUCCAAAAAUGAUUGGAGAAUGUGGUGGUAAAAAUUUCCAUUUCGUACAUCCAAGCGCUGAUCCUAAUUCAGUGGUAAUGGGUACUAUCAGGAGUUCCUUUGAAUUCAACGGUCAAAAAUGUUCAGCGUGCAGUAGGAUGUAUGUUCCUGAAUCUUUAUGGUCAGAGAUCAAAGCUGGACUUUUGUGUACUCGUGAUAAGUUAAAAAUGGGAGACCCACGAGAUUUCUCUAUGUUUCUUGGAGCUGUAAUCGAUGCAACAGCUUUUAAAAGGAUUACUGGCUACAUCGAACAUGCUAAAAAAUCACCCGAUCUUGAAAUUAUUGGUGGAGGUGGCUACGAUGAUUCGUGUGGUUACUUUAUCGAACCAACCAUUGUACAAACUAAAAAUCCUAAAGAUAAGAUUAUGACAGAAGAAAUUUUUGGACCUGUACUAACGAUUUAUGUUUACAAAGACUCGCAACUUGACGAGACCAUGAAAUUAGUCGAAUCCUCAACGCCUUAUGCUUUAACCGGGGCAAUAUUUUCUCAGGAUGAAAAAUGGGCAAUACGCGCUCUUGAAGAGUUUAGAUAUACUUCUGGUAAUUUUUACAUAAAUGAUAAAUCAACUGGAUCAGUUGUUGGUCAACAACCAUUCGGUGGUAGUCGUAUGUCUGGAACAAACGAUAAAGCUGGCGGUCCUCAUUACGCUUUGAGAUGGGCAUCGCCACAGUCUAUUAAGGAAACCUUUGUACCUUUAAAGGAAUACGAUUAUGAUUAUAUGCGUUCGUAAACAUUUUAAUUAUUUAAAUGAAGAAUUCAUUUGCAAUAGAGUAAUUUAAUGUUUGAGUGGACCAUCGGGCAUGCCAGAUUCUUAUCUAUAAUUUAAUGCAUUUGUUAAUACAAAAUGAGAGAGUCUCUAACUUUGACAGUAUAACUGCAAUGCAGACUCGAAGUCUGAUUUUAUACUAAUUUCGGUAUUAAACUUACUGAUCUGAUUUUUAGAACAUUUUAGUUUAUUAUUGCAAGCGCCAAACGUUUUCAACCAUCGUAAAUGCUUUCUUUACAUA